AACCCCUGCUUGGAAUAGUUCGGAUAACUGAACCAGAUAUAGGGCUAGCGGCGCGACGCAGAGUGUUAUACAUAGCGUAUCGCUAUAUCGGCUAUUCGAUGAAUUGCGCAAAUGACUCUGCUUUGGUGAUAUCUCAGGCCCUUCAGCAUGGUCUUACUCGAAUGUCUCCUACGAACCGGGUCAUCGCGAGCUGAACGUGUUGACAAUACCAAACGCUUUGAUGAUGACCACGACAUUCAAUUGCUCAAAGAGCUUCCCCGGUUCUUCGUGUUCUCAAAAGUGCUACGGGUUCUUCAUCCCGCCCUUCAGAGAUUAGAUCGGGUAGAUCUUGAAGAACGAGCAUCCCAAGACCCUGUAUUAUGGGAGGUAUGGCAAGCCGUCGACUCCGCGGCUCGUACCUUCACCAAUUUCCAUGAGCUGCCUGAAGGAGCUCCUUUCUACCGGUAUCAGUGUUGUAGCCUGAAAUGCUCUGUCAAUUUCUCUGAAGACGAUGUCACGGCAUAUCGUUGUUCGGGGUGCAUGCUGACACGUUACUGCUCAAAAGAUUGCCAGAAGGACGCUUGGGAAUCCGGCCACCGUAUUCACUGCCGCAUGCUGCGUUCUGCUCUCGGCAAUCAAGAUGUACGCGAGAUCCGCAAAAGUUUGCCCGUUAUUGCGAUGAUCGAGUCUUGGAUAUGCGAAGAACGCGUCAAUGAAAUCAAGGCGCUCGAUAAAGAUACGGUGAAAACAUCUCCCGACGAUCGCUCCAUCGUAGAGGUGGACUUGUCCGUUUAUCCCAUCGAAUUAAACUUGUAUUCCUUGCGGGACUAUUUCCUUGUUUGCGGCUCUCACACCUUCGAACGAGAAGUUGCUGAAUCGAUCACAACCUCAGAAGAAAGCCCAUACGAUCUCGUCGCGGUCAAGGUCAGGCUUGGGAGAGAGUAUUAUUCUUUGUUCAGCCCAUCAACCACUUUGGGCGUCGCGUUUGGGUGGACGUCGGGCAUUCAGGGAGGACGAUAUAUCCAUGACCAUUCUCAGACGCCUGAUACAUGAGAUUGCAUAAGAAGUCUAGUUUGGCAACACCGUCAACCAAGGUACAGCCGCUUGGUACUUGCAUUCUGGAGCUCGGACGAGGCGCGUUACUGAACCUUGAAGCAGCAUUUAAAGGUC